AUGAAAUUUGGACUUGAACACGAACAGGAGGCAGCAGAAGCAUACGCCACUAUAACAGGAAAUAAUGUGUUUAAAGCAGGCUUAGUCAUCAAUCCCUCAUGUUUUUAUUUGGGAACUUCUCCUGACAGGAAAGUCAUAGACCCCAACUCUGUUCCUAUGUAUGGACUCUUAGAAAUUAAAUGUCCAAAUUCAGAUUCCAUCACAAAUUUAAAAUAUUUAACUCUUGUGAAUAACAGCUACAAACUAAAAUCUUCCCAUGAAUAUUAUUAUCAGAUAAUGGGUCAAAUGGGUUUGACCGGUGCUUUGUGGUGCGAUUUGUUCAUUUGGUGUAAAGAUGACUACCAUCUGGAAAGAAUUAACUGUCUACCAGGAAAGUGGCAGGAAAUAAAACAGAAACUUGACAUAUUUUACUUCAAUUGCUUUUUACCAAAAUGUGUUCGAUACUGA